AGUAUUUCUAUGUCUUUUAUUUUUUGAAUGAUUGUGUUGUGCAAAUGUUAUGAUACAAUAUAUACCGUUUGGAGACAAUUUGGCACACUGAUCAGUGUUGGGAAGGCAAACUCACACCAAUUUUGGCCUCAGAAGUGCUUGGAACAUUAGUUCUGACAGAUAUCUAGCUAAAAUGACAACAUCCGAGGUUGAUUUGCCAGACUACUGAUGCACAAGUGAAGGAUAUGUUAUCUGGUGUGAUAAUCUACCACAAGACAUUACAUCAUUUUAAAAUCCCGCCAUUCCACAACAGAUUUUUCAUGGCACCACGUAUGCAUGGUCAAGUCGAAAGUUGCACGCAAAGGCAAAGAGGAGAAACUCCAAAAAGCCUGCAAAAAACUUCAGGGACGAUAAAUGUUGGUGCAAGGGGGCUGACCUCACAGGCAGGAAUUCAGGCUUGGGAGGCUGAUAAAGCCCAAUGUGCAGAGAAGGCAAGGAAAAAGGCUGAUGCAACUCAGUGGCAAGAAGAGCAGGAAACUGCUCACAUCACUGCUCAUGCUGCCCAUGGACCAACCACAGUGUUUAGCAGCGCACUUUCAAGUAAAAGCAAGGCUGACCUGCUUGAGCAAGCUCAAGCACUUGGCAUUUCCCUGGAAAAUGCUUGGAACAAUGGAGAUCAGUGUGAGUGCAUUCAGGCACACCUCAAUAACAAUCCUGCCCUCAAGACUGAUCCUAAAUUUGCUGGAUUGUAUGGGCACACACGUGGACAAAAAUGCGCACAUCCCACCAGCAUGAUGGCAUCAAAUGAGAACAUUCCACCAGAUGUUGAGUUCUCUAUGCAUCCACCUGCAAUGUGCCAAAGACUUGAUGUUGAUGGUCACUGGCAGCCUUUGAAUGAUGCUACAGAGAUGAAUCAACCAAUUGCAGGACCUUCACGCAUACCUAUUGCGACUCACGGUACAAAUGAAGACAAUUUACUCACUUCUAAUGAUGCUAAUCAUGACGUCUGUGGUAACAUACUACCCCAUUAUCCAUCUAAUCAUCACUUUUACAUGUUUCCAUAUCAUCACACAGAUUAAUUCACGCACAUACUACAUUCUCAUACUCGCACACACUGUAGCAUCACCACACAUAGAACACAUAUUCAAACCAAUAAUAUACAUACAUGUUAUCAUUU